AUGGCGGACGACGAGCUCGCACAGAUCCGCGCAGCCCGCCUAGCGCAGCUCAAGCAACAAGGCGCCGGAGGAGGCUCACAAGGCGGGCAAGGCGACGAGGAGGAACAGAAGCAGCAACGCGAAUCAGAAGCCCGCACCAACAUCCUUUCCCAGAUCCUUGAGCCCGAAGCCGCCGAUCGCCUGGGGCGAAUCCGCAUGGUGAAAGAGUCGCGUGCGCAGAUGGUUGAGGACCGACUGAUCAUGAUUGCCCGUUCUGGUCAACUGAAGCAGAAGGUGAGUGAGGACCAGCUGAAGCAGAUGCUGGCUAGCCUCACUGAGCAUGAGAAGCAGACUGGGCCAAGCUUGGACAAUAUGAAGGUGGUGACUAAGGGAAGGUGGGAUGAGGAUGAUUUGGAUGACUUGUUGAACGAGUCGUAG